AAAUCGAGAUUGAAAUUUCUCUCUCUACUCAAAGUGCCUCUAUUUAUAUCACACCCUGCUUCUGCUUCGGCAAUAGCAUUACUGAUCUGUUAUUUGUUCUUGUCCUGCUUCUGCUUCACAGGAAUGGCUUCCAACUCCAAAUCUCCUCUUUUACUGCUGGCCAUUUUUGUUUUGUUCAUCAGUAAUGUUUCUUCUCAUAACGAUGAGCUUGUCAAACAGGUGAAGCGCGCAAAACCACCCGUUUCUGCGGUGGUUCCUGUGGUUGCCCCUGCCCCAUUGCCACCCGCGAAGCCAUCAACUCCUCCACCUGCUCCAGCGGGAAAGGCACCAACCCCUCCACCGACGUCGGGGAAUCCGGCGGCUCCGACACCACGGCCCCCAGUGGCUCCUCCGGUUGCUCCAGCCCCAGCCCCAGUAGCUCCCAUAGUUAGAUCAAACAAAGAUUGCGUGCCACUGUGCGAGAAUCGGUGCCAAUUGCACUCGAGGAAGAGAGUGUGCGUAAGAGCAUGCAGCACCUGCUGUGAACGGUGCCGGUGUGUUCCUCCGGGCACGUACGGCAACCGUGAAGUCUGUGGCAAGUGCUACACCGACAUGGUCACACACGGCAACCGAUACAAGUGCCCCUAGACUUGAUCUUCCCGUUACAGCGUUUAAUGUACUUAGCUAUUUUCCUAUUCCUAGCUGCUAAAUCAGUGAGUCUCAAGUAAUAAUUAAUUACUGCGUGAGGACUGAGAAGUGUGUUUAUAUACUAGACCAUUGUCCAAGUGCCGCGUCUUCAACGCUAACACGCACUGUGUGUUGCGUUUUGUCGUGUUUCCUACUACCGGAUUUGCUCCUACACCGUAAUUUUAGAGCGUAUUUCGUUUGAUAA